UGAAUAUCUAUUAUACUAAAAAGCGAUUUACGAAUAUUAAUUGCCUUUUUCUUAUUAAUAUUUAAUUACCUUGAUUCUCUGCUUGGACCUCUUGCGCUUGGAUAUCAACUACACUCUGUUUGUUACAGCUUGAAACUUGAGUGGCACGACACAAGACAGGAUGGGUUCAGAUGAUGCGGGGCAUAUUUCUACACCAGGGUGAGUAAGACGAUUGUUUCGUUCUGUUCUGUUCUGUUCUGUUUCGUUUGGCGUUUGUUCUGUGCCAUGCCGUUUAUUCAGAGGCCAGUGUUUUUAUUCUGUUUCAGUCACAAACAAUGGGCACAUUCAAUAUCCCCAACCACUCUUUGUCACAUCGUCAUAUGACCACUGUGCAUAAGGGAGGCCCAACCAUUCUUCGUUCUAGGUGAUGAAAAGGGCCCCCUAAAUCUGCCUAACUCUUUUUGUCACUGGAUAAAGACGAGAGGUCCGUCUGCAUCACAUCAGUCAAAGCUGGCUGCCCGCAUUGCAAUGGAUCCGUCUCUUACAAGCAGGGGAGAGGGGGCCUCCAGGGCAUUGGCGCUAAAAUGCCAGUGCCGUCGUCUGCCCCGCCUCCACUGCGUCCUGGGCUCGUGGACUGGGCUGAGCCUCCUGUCCAACGCGGCAGCUGCAGACACUGCCCUUCGCUCCAGUUUUUUUUUCCUUUCUCUUUUUUUUCUUCUCCCCAGACCUCAAUUCAACCUUUCUUCACGUUAGACAAGGGUCGAAAACUACCUGAAAAGCCUCGGUAUAAUACCACUGCCACUAGUUCAAUCAAGAGCUGUUUCUAUUGUGUACGGAUACCUCUUAUUCAGAUUCCCACUGUUGACCCCGCUUUCACUGUCGUCUUCUGCCUAUUGUUCCCGUCAGUCACUUACACUGCCUGCUGCAUCCGUUCUUCUUCUUCAGCUCAGAUUACUUCCAUCUGUUCUAUUUCUUCAUUCCUUUACACUCUCAUCUUUUACAAACUACUGCAUCUCAAUCCUCAGCUCAUUGCCAUCCUCUGUGCAUCCGUCUUUUUACCAAUCGUUUUCUGACAUCAUUGUCUUGUACAGUCGCUUGCACGGUCUUCUUAACUUUCGGAGCCGCCGAUCACGACGUCCAGGCAGCUCCAGCUCGGCUGACACCUCGGACUCAACCUUAACCGCCAAUUCCGACUACGAGAUCACACCCGCAGACUCGACAUCGUAUUCUCCUGAAAUCUCUCCUCGUUCGUCGACCUCAUCUACCUCUACUGCAUCCUCGACAUCCAAGCAACACAAGAUGCCGUUUCGUCAGAGGAUGGCCCGCCACUUUGGCGAUUCGCUUGCCCCCGAGAAACCCUACCUCAGCUACUAUGAUGUCCUCUUGACAGCUGAGGAUAUCAAGGCGCUCAAGCACGACUGGUUAACAGAUAACAAUAUUGCUUUCUGGGAAGAAUAUCUGGAGCGCGAAACACUUCCCAAGUAUCCUCAAGCUCGUAUCGUUUUGCUCCGUCCUAGCAUGACAUUCUUACUCAUGAAAGAGCCCGACCUCCGAUCAGUCCAGUCCGCCCUUCCCGAUUUCUCAAAAGUCACCCAUAUCUUCUUACCCAUCAACGACAAUCGUAAUGUGAGCGUCGCCGAGGGUGGUAGCCAUUGGUCGCUUCUCCUCGUCUCGACACUCGAUGGUGUCGCCUUCCACUACGACUCCCUCGGUGGUGCCAACUACUCCGAGGCCAACGUUGCGACUCGCAAGCUUGCCAACAUCCUCGGACGGCCUCUUCGGUUUAUCAACCUCGAAGAUUGCCCCCAGCAGGAAAACGGUAGCGACUGUGGUGUCUUUGUCUGCUUGUUGAUGCGCCACCUCCUCGUCAAGCGCCUUCUCUGCGCUAAUGCCCGCGAGAAGGUGUCGAUGAGCAUGGGUGGUAAGAUGGUCGACAGCUAUGGUGGCCGCAAAGAGAUGAUGCGAAUUAUCGAAAACCUCCGUAAGGAGGGCGAGCGCAGGCGAUCGAGAAGCGCCAGCCCAUUUUCGAACAAGACACCGCCGCGGAUCGAAUAGAGAACGGACUGCUACGGCUCUUGCGAAGAAUUCGAGGAACUCAUAAGACAAUUCAGGGAAGCUCAGGCGGCAAAGGCGCGUGAUGUCCGACAGCCCUCGAAGUCACCACCUCGGUCACCACGCCGUUCAUCUGCCCGUUCUCAAGAGGCGAAGAAGUCACCAGUCAACCAAAGCGGCAAAGGUUCAAUCGCCAAGGGCCAAGUCACCAAAGGGUCAGUCACUAAACCCAAGGGCUCUCCUACCAGACUUGUUGAUCAACCUCCUUGGAGAGGAAUGAGAAACCGUGUGCGCACAAACUCGAACCUAAUCCGAUCUUCCAAGGAUUCACCUCCUUUUGGUCCACGAACAAGCAAGUCCGAUCGAGUCACGAAAGAGCCUAGGAUUCAAACAAGUCCUCCCACCCCCGUCAAAGUCCGGGGCAAGCGGUCUUCCAGCACAACAGCUGUUUCACCUCAAAGCGCGAUCAAGAAAAAACAAUGAUGCACUUGUUCCACCACUGUAAUGAAAUGAAUUUUACGACGCAUGCGUCACGGUCGAUCAGUUUUGUUUUCAUGUUAUCUCAUCUUGUUCUUUUUAUUCAUCCUGUAUCCUUUUUUUAUCUUGGCGUUGGUGGUUAGCGUGGAGCAGUAAGAGGGAUGUGGUUAUCAUGUAACAGAGAAAGAUGCCCAUGCGCGUUUGUUGUUUUAAUGAUACUCCCAGAUAUCAAAGUCAUGCGAGUUAGCGAUGAAGGCGUUUGUUAGGAUAUGGAAAAAAGAUAUGCGAAGCAUUAGCACAGCUUAUGAAGAACAAUUGUAUGUUUAUAAACACAAGUAUUACGUGAGCUUCUUCAGGGAGCAUCAUGAUGAGAAAUUUAUAAGAAUGCCACAGUAAACUCGUCAAAAUGGUUCCCUAGAUUAUGCCAAUUUAGACAUAGCUUUUUGUCAUUCAGG